AUGACAGGCAAGCCCCCAGAGCAACUACGAGUCCUCCUGCAGAAUGCCUAUGAGCGUCUCAGGAAAAACGAGCUCAUUGUAUUCUGCUCUAUUCGUCGUCUAUCGACAGCUGGAACUCCCUCGCAGCUCGCCAGUCGUCUGGUAGAGCACGACGUCAACGCCUUUCAAGCAACGCCAGACACGCUGCAGGCCAUUGCACACGAACUGCCCGUAUUGCCUCUGGACAGAUCUACAGAAACCUAUCAGGUCAAAGAGUCUCUCAGCUCGUCCAUUGCGCAUCGCCUCCCCGGCGAACUCGUCACUGAAAUCGUAGACAGCAUAGACGAUUGGGAACUUUCAAAAGCAGUAGGAUUACCGACUUCUCUUCCAAAACCACGAACAUGGUCUCGUGCCACCCAACUCGAUCUCGCCAUCCUCACCACCAAGCUUGCACUCGUCAAGGCGACGCCUGGCCCAUUUUACAGCGUCUCUGCAAAGGUUGCCAUUCGAUUUCAAUGCAUAGACAUUAUCGAAUACCUAUACACCAGCAACAAGGCCUGCUACGACAGAACCUUUGGGCGGUUCUUGCCCCUCUACGCCUCCGAACAAGGUUCUGUCAAGGUGCUCAAUUGGUGGAAGCAAACUGUCCCCAUAAAGCAAUACGACCAUCACGCGAUUGACAAUGCCUGCAUGUAUGGACAGGUGGACGUCCUGCGCUGGUGGAUGGCCUCGGGCCUGCGACUCGACAUCCAAUCUACCCUCAAAAUUGGACGCGUCAUGGAAAUGGCGUCUGGAACGGGCCAUGUCAACGUUCUCGAGUGGUGGCACCGUUCUGGACUCGAAUUCAAAUACGAUCGCGUCCCGCUCUACCACGCGAGCUGCUAUGGACGUGUUGAGGCGCUCGAAUGGUGGUUGCAGAGUGGGUUGCAGAUGAUUUACGACUCGGACGCGCUCGUUGGCGCGACGAGGCAUAAUAAGCCCGAGACCCUCGAAUGGUGGAACCGUUCGGGUUUGCCUAUUCAGUAUCGCUUGUGCGAUAUCGAAGAGGCUUUGGAGGACGCAAUGGGUGGUGGCGAGCUGGUCCGAGCUUGGUGGGAGAAAAAGGGGGUCAAUUUCAAAGCCAACUUUACCGAAUGGACAAAGUAUCAGUCUCUUCACUAG